CCCCCCCCCCCCCCCCCGCUCAUGCCAGCAGUGACGCCGCCUUCCCCGGCCGCCAGAGCCCAGGAGCCCGAGCUCCACGACCCGGCGCCGCAACCGGCGACCCACCUCAGCCCGGCACAGGUGCAGUUCAUCCCCGCCCAGCUCCAACUGCAGCGGAGCAAGCCCGCUGUUCCCGUGCCGCCGGCGCCGGCUCCACAUCGGCCGCAGCAGUACCGCGGCGUGCGGGAAAGCCACUGCGUCAAGUGGGUGGCCGACAUCCGGCUGCCCCGGAAACGCACCCGCCUGUGGCUGGGGACGUUCGACACCGCCGAGGAGGCCGCGCUGGCCUACGACCAGGCGGCCUACCGCCUCCGCGGGGACGCGGCGCGGCUCAAUUUCCCCGAAAACGCGGCGUCCUUGGUGCCCCUCGACCCUGCCGCGGAGGCCAAGCUCCAGGCCAUCUUCGCCCCUAUCGCCGCUGCGUCGUCGUCGUCCAACAACGCGAGGGCCAGGAAAAAAGCGACACCCAUCAACCUGGCUGCGUCCCCGACCCCGGACAACAGCUCCUCCGUUGGAACCUCAGGGUCCGAAUCGGACGACGAGAUGUCGUCCUCCAAAACGUGGGCAUCGGAGAUGGCGCAGAUGAACUUCAGCGAGACACCAUGGGACGAGGAAGAGAGCUUCGUGCGCCGCAAGUAUCAGUUCUCAUGGUUUUCUAAAUAGCGGGCU